AUGACACUGUCUCGAGAUCGUCUGCAAACUUUUGCUUCAAAACCUCGCGUAUUCAUCUUAAGCGACAUCUCAAAUGAGCCAGAUGAUGCAGAAUCGCUUGUGCGAUAUUUGCUGUAUUCAAAUCAAUUUCAGACAGAGGGACUCGUGGCUUGCACAUCGACAUGGAUGAAAAACAAGGUCUGUCCAGAAGACAUGCGCAAGAUUGUGGAUGGUUAUGAGAAAGUCGUCGAUAAUCUCAACGCCCAUGCGCAUCCAAACGAUCUGUAUCCGACUGCGGAAUAUUUGCGAUCUUUGAUCAAGAAGGGAGCUGAGACAUACGGCAUGUCCGCUGUUGGUGACAAUAUCCCCCUCAGCGAAGGUGGUCAAUUACUCCUAGAGCGAAUUGAAGCAACAUCAGAACAGCCAUUAUGGGUCUUAUGUUGGGGAGGUACUAAUGUACUCGCCUCCGUUCUGCUUAAAAUCGAAAACACACAUUCUACCUCGGACGCUGCACGAUUACGAUCCAAACUACGCGUCUACGCCAUCUCCGACCAGGACGACACAGGGACGUGGAUCCGCAACAAAUAUCCCGACAUUUUCUAUAUAUGCUCUGUUCAUGGCUGGAGUCAAUAUGGCCUUGCAGCGUGGUCUGGUAUUUCUGGUGAAGGAUGGUAUGGGUUCGACCAUGGUGGUCCAGAUCCAUCAAAGAUCACAAAGGAAUGGAUUCAUGAAAAUAUACAGAUUGGCCCGCUGGGAGCUGUGUAUCCAGACUUCAUGUUUAUACCCGAAGGAGAUACGCCGACAUUCCUAUAUCUCAUUCAAAACGGCCUCGGGGUACCUGAACACCCUAAUUACGGAUCUUGGGGCGGUCGCUACAAUCUUACAGAUGCCAGUGGGGCAGGGCUCAUCAAUAGACACUUUAGCGAUGUAGUCGACGAUGUUACUGGCCUUGACGGUAGGAGACACAAGUCAAACCAAGCUACGGUCUGGCGAUGGCGGAAUGCUUUCCAGAACGACUUCGCCGCUCGUAUGAAAUGGACGCUUUCUCUUGACUUGGGUAGCGCAAACCACAGUCCCAUAAUCAGUAUCAACGACAGCACAGGUUCAGAACCAAUAAGUUUUGAACUAGAAGCUGGCUCAACAUUCCAACUUGAUGCGUCCGCCACGUAUGAUCCAGAUCAACGUGACACGCUAACCUUCAAAUGGUACCAAUACCUUGACCCCAGUGCAACACAAUGGUCUGCAGAGCAUGAAGUAGGAAGGCUCUCUAUUCGUCCGCUGAAUGAGGUUGGUAACAUUGUCGAGGUUACGCUACCCCCACCAGAAAAGAGCUGUGUUGAGCUCAUCAGCCGCAAACCAAUGCUGAGGGGCCAGCUGUUGCACCUCAUUCUGGAAGUUGAAGAUAACGGCUCCCCAUCACUGGUUAGUUACCGUCGGAUAGUCAUUCAGACGACGAACGAGAAAUUGAUAGGUGGAGGUGGUGGUACAGAUUCCAUUGCUGACGCAAUGAAAGACGCGGUGUAA